CACGAGUCUCCUCUUGAGGCUGUCUAUCAGAGAUUCAAGACUACGCGGCGCUCCCUUGGCCACGCCACCAGCGAUCCUGUCAUCCCAUCGAAAGGGAUGAUGGCGAGGCGGAUGGAUGGGGCUGAAGCUCACUUGCUUGGGUCAAAGGAGUUUGCGAUUCUUCAGCUGGACGUGGACAUGCAGCGGUUGUUCGAGCGAGACCUGUUGGAGUUCAAGCCUGGUUGCAAGUUCUGCUGCCUACUCGAUCGCAGCAUCUUGUGCGAAGGGGCCCUCUCCUUUUCUACUAUCAGCGUCAAGAUUUCGGAAGAGGGCGAUGUUGCGGCUGAGGCAUGUCCGCUUGCAGGCAAAUGGGUCUUCUUCAGUCCGCAUGAUGUACACGAGCUCACCACGAAAAUGUUGCUCAAAAAUAUUGUUUCCAAGGUGAAGUCCUUGCCGGAUGAGCCGCAUUGCUACUUCUCGGACUUGCACUUGUGCGUGUAUGCAGCCCGGCUGGCUGGCGGCAAUGAAGGAAGCGACAUCAAGAUCGAGCGCGCUGCUGCCAAUAAUCUUCCGCAUGGCUUCUUGUUUUGCUUAACAGACAUCAGCCCUUUGGCGGAAUUCUGGGUGGACCACGGCUCACGCCAAAGUGCAGUGUGAUCACUUGCGCAUUGGCUUUGAUUCAGCAGGGCAAGCCAGAGAGUGCGCAGAUGCAGUUUCAGCAGGUAUACAUCGACAAGCGCCGCGCCGCGCUUGCAGAACAGAUAGCUGGUUUGAAGGCAGAGCUUGCCGCGUGCGAGGAGGAGUUGUCGAACUUGGACAAGUCAGAUCCCUCACGUGGCCAAAAGCGUGAAAGCCAGGUGCACCUUCGUCGAAGGAGAGCCCCAUUAAGAGCCAGAAAGUGGGAAGCGAUGUGAAGGAGCCCAGCGACACGCCCACAAAGACGACGCCUAGCGGGCAGAGUCAGUGAAGCCAUGUGGCAGCUUCGGAAGAUUUUUUGGGGGCUUCUUCUACCAAGCCGUACAAUUUUUGAGAGCCUCUUGCCAAGACCAGCAUUGAUCGCGGCCGGUAAGACGAACAUAUAGUGCCUAU